AUGUUUGAAGGAUGGGCAUCGGAGUUUUUGGCGGCGUCCCUUGGACGCUUCGUGGACGUGCAGAGGGAUAAGCUGCGCAUUAGCCUCUGGAGCGGGUCCGGCGUUCUGGAGAACGUUCGGCUGCGGCCAGAGGCAUUCGACUAUCUCAACCUGCCGUUCGCCAUCCACGAAGGCGUUGUGGGCCGCCUUCGCAUUAAGACUUGCGACUUGACCCGCAUGUCCGGAAUGUCCGCAACCCAGAUACCCUGGGGCAACUGGCUCACCGGGUCGCUGGUCGCGGAGCUGAGCGAUGUCGUUCUGUGCGCCACUGAGCGGAGUGACAGUGAGUGGGAGGAGGCGGCAGUGCUCCGCCGAGAACAGGCCGCUAAGCAGGCCGACCUGGCGGCGGCUGAGCUCGCCAAGUUAUCUCGCAGGAUGGUGGUGCAACAACAACAGCAGAACCAACAGCAGCAGCAGCAGCAGCAGCAACCUCCGCACAGCCAGUCGCAGGGUGGGUUGACCUCAGCUGUGGGUGUCAGGGGCGCAGGAAGCGCCAGUCAGAGGCGCUCCCAAGGGGGGGGAUCGUGCUUCGGAGCAGCGCCGGAGGGCACUGCUGCGCUGACCUCGGGAGCGCCAUGGCUCCCCACCGCCCCACCGUUGCACAACGGUGUUUCGUUUUCAGCAGGGCUAGCCCUGGACAGCCUGAGCACGGUUCCCGAGCCCAAGGCCCCCAAGUCGGUCCUGGCGCGGCUAUACGGCGCGGCACUUGGCCGGCAUUCGCACGCCAAGCUAGCUCGACAUGUAGCGGUUCGCGGCCUGGGGGUCUACUGGCACCCUCCGCUCCCGGACGAGGCGCAGACCGCCGCUGGUGCUGUCGCUGGCCCGCCACCGCUACCGCGACCGCCCCCUCACAGCGACGAUUACCUUAUCACCCCGAUGGACGUCGUGCUACGGUUAACUGCCACUGCGGUGGCCACCUCUGGCCAAGGGGCCCACAUGCAGCAUGCACAUCACCAGCAGCACACGCAAGGGCCCAGCGGCAGUCAGGCUGGGGGGGUGGCGGCGGGGUCAGGGGCUGGGGAUGGCGCCAUGGCAGCGGCGGCGGCGGCGGGGGCGGCAGCAGCAGCAGCAGCAGCGGAGUUCAGGCAGGGAAGCUCUGGCAGCGGCGUUCGAGGAGCUGCAGGUUCGGGAGGGCUGCAGCCUCCAACGCACAGGCUGUCCAUCAGCAUUCAUCAACAUCAUUACCACAACCUUUCGCAGCAGCAGCAGCAGCAGGUGCUUUCAAAUGCCGCUGCGGCACCGAUUCCGCCCGGCGCGGUAGCAGUAGCAGCUGCUGCAGCUGCGGGUGCGGGGACACACGUGGAAAUAGUUGCAGGUACGGACGCCGUACAGAUCCAGAUUAGGCCGGAGCAGCUCCAGAGCAUGGCGCAGCUCGCCGACGACUUGGCGGUCUGGACGAAGCGUAACCGGUACGGCAGGUUCCGGCCACAAGGGUGGCGUACGGCAGCAGCUCAGGCGAAGCGCGUCUGCGUGAAGGAGGCUGCAGCACCUGCGGCGGCAGCGGCUACGCGGACUGGAGCCGGCGGCGCGGCGGGUUCCGGAGCAGCGGCAAGCCAUGCACAUCAGAUCCAGCGCAGCUCUUCGGAUCCAGGCAGGAUCCAGACCCUGUCUCGCAUUGUCCUGCAGUCCGUACAGGAAGAGGAUGAAGUGCAGGCUGCUGCCAGGUGCGUGUUACACCUGCAGUCGGAUGGCGCGCCUACCGCGACCGGUAGCGACGGCGCUGACGGCGGCGCUCACUUGACGUCACCGCUGACCUACGCCGCCUCCACUCUCCUCUGCGAGUCAGACGCGGACGCCAUGACGGCGCCGUCGGCUGGAGAGGCAAGGGCCCUGGCGAAUGAGACGGAAAGCGGCGGCGGCGGCGGCGGUGGCGAUGCUGCCGCUGUCGAAGGGGCUCACGGGUCGAAAGGCCGGCGGUCACCCGGGGCCCAGAACGGGGUCGGCCGCCCCGGUGGGGGAAAUGCUCUGUUGCCGCUGUCUCCACGUUCUCCCGGCACGUUAACACCCGCGGUCAGUCCGGGCGCAUCUCGCUGUGGCGCGGGGCCACAGCCGUCCGGGGUGGGCCGUGAGCGCGUGUCGGAAGCAUCUGCAAGCGGGUCCCUGAAUGCACCAGCUAGCCCAACUGGCACCGGCACCGGCACCAGCACCAGCACCCCGUUAGUGCGGUGGUCGCAGCUCACGGAAUGGACGCUGGAGGAGGAGCAGGAGCGUGAGCGUGCCGCCGCCGCUGCCGCGGCGGGGGCUGCCGCUGUCGCCUCCGGCAGCGCCGGCGGCACUUCCGAAGCAGUGGCGGCGGCCAGCGGGCAGCAGCAUCCUGACGCCGCGCCCGCGCAGCACCGGAGCUGGCUGGCGUGGGGACUGUCGGGAGUGUCGGGGUUCUUCACGUACGGCAGCAGUGGCGGCGCUGGCGCCGGCGCCAAGGCAUCGACGGCGGUGCCGCAAGCCUCGUUUACCGACGCGGAGCUGGCGGAGCUGUAUCGACUACUCCAGGGAACUUCCUUGCCGACGGCGGAGGCCUCCCAGACUCAAGCAUCGGCAGGGCGACAUCACCAUCAUCACCAUCACCACCAUCAUCACCAUCAUCACCAACACGCGCAACAGCAUUUCCAGGCCCAGCUGCAGCAUCAAGGUGCCGGAGUACCCGGCGGCGGCACCACUGGCUCCUCCUCCUCCGCCGCCGCCGCCUCCUCUAUGCCGUUCUCCGUACAGUUUCGGGUACUGCAGUUAAAGCUGGACAUAAGGGGGCCUGGCCCGAUCCCUGCCCCCCACCACAACGACCGCGUUGGGGCCGGUGCUGGUGCCGGAGCAGAGCCAUGCAGCGCAGAGGGGUCGCCGCCGACACCAGGGUUUGGGAUAUCCUCCCCAACGUGUGUCCCUUCACCUGCGAGGACGCGGCGGGGGUCGUCGGGAACUCGACCCCCGGCAUCUAGCCCCACGCUGUUGAGCCUGACCUUGGGCUCAACUGUGCUCGCGCUGGAGUCCGAUGGCUCCGGAACCGCGGUUCAGGCGUCCAUUGGCACAGUGCAUGCCCAUGAUCUGUGCUCAGACCCGGGGGUCGCAGAAUGCAUCUUAGCGCAGGCCGAUGAUAUGGACACCGGCGGCGGUGCUGCUGCCGCCGCCGCCAGCGGCGGUGGCGGGGGUGGCGGCGCCGCCGCCGGCGGCCCUUCGGCCGCCCGCGAGGCAGGUCAGCGCCGCCGGCGGCGCGGCGCAGCCCACCGGUCUUGGGCAUCCUUUGGUCAGCUGCUCUCCGGUACGGGCAGCCGGUCCUCCGGGGUGCAUGCCUCCUUGAGCACGGACAGCUUGGACUCAGACGCAGGCCAUUGGGCCAUGGGUUACCAGUCGCAAGCCGCCGCCCCGGCGCCGCCGCCGCAGGGGGACGUGUGGUACGGCGGGCCGCCGGUUGUAUCCGUACACCAAGGCUUUGGUGGAGGAGGAGCUGGCCAGGUCGAUAUUCAUGUACGGCCGCUGCGACUGCAGUACCGCGCCCAGUGCCUGGCGUCGGUGGCCGCAGCCCUGGCGGUGGACUCGUGCUCCUUCCUGGAGCACCACGCCAUGACUGCCAUUGCUGGGUUCGAGUCGCGGGACGCGCGUGUGUUGGCCAUGCUGCAACACCUGGGCUGUACCGCGUCGUCGCAGAAGCUGCGGUUGCAUGUGGAAGGAUUCGAAGUGGUGAUGCCACUGGAGCAACCGUCGCCGGCCUUGUCCACCCGCGGCUCCGGCGUCACGUACGACACCUCCCGCAACGCACACACUCCUGCCGGAGGGCCGACAACGGCGGCGCCAGGUCAUCUUACCGUCGGACUGUACGACAUCGAGCUGGCGUCGAUCAACGGCAUGCCGCCGCCGCCGUCGCAGCCGCAAGCAGCGGAUCGUGCGGCAUCCAUACAAACAGGCCGCAUCACGGAGUGUACGGAGGGCCCAGCUGUCGACGGCAGCGCUGCCGGUGAACACCCCUCGGGGCUGGCGGCGGCAUCAGACGAGGCACUACCAGCCACGAACUCGGGAUUAGUACGGGGACCUUUAGAGCGCGAGGAGUUAGCAGAGGGGGCUUACGGCUCCGGAACCGUUCAAUACCUGCAGGAUCUGAUGCAGCGGAGGUUAAGUCCAUGCAGUACAACAGCCGACCUGUUGCGGCUAGCGGCGGAGGCUGCCGGCCGGGAGCCGGUACAUGAUUUCUCCACCUCAGACGCCGGCCCGGCGGAGGCCACCACCGCCGCCGGCGGCGCAGCGGACGUUGUUACUUCGGCGGCGGCGGCGGCGGCGGAGGGAGCUUACAGCCCCGUCGGUACGGCGGGCUCCCCGCGGCGGCACAGGCGUUCCAGCGGCACCCUUCCGCCGCGUCCAGAUCCUUGCUCUGUGGAGGAUCUUGCCCGGCUUUUCCUGUACGAACACGUGCGCUUUGCCGUACAUGCCCGUCACGCCGCUGAACCAUUAACCAGAGCUUCAAGCGAGCUGAAUGAGCAGCGGCAGACUAAGCGUUCGGUCGCCCGUUCGGAGACCAGGCCGCUGCUUUUGUUGCCCCCCGCGCUGCAGCUGGCCGGUUACUUGAGCCGCAGCCGGUUAGAGCAGGGGGUCGGGUCGCCUGCGUCUUUGCUGCAGCUGUCGCUCAGUGGUGCGUCCACUACAGUGAAGGCCUCGGAGGUGCUGGACCUGAAGCGCCUGGCCCACUGCCUGGACCACUCCCAUGCUGAGAACGCUGCCCCGCCACAGCCGCAGUGGCAGCCGCAGCGGCAGCCGGCGGCAGAGGCGGUUGCGUGCAGCCCGGCAACAGUGGCGGCGGAACAGCUCCAGGUUCCGGAGCCACCCGUGGCUACCAAGAACCAAGCCCAGGGCUGUAGCCCCGCAUUGGACGCUGCCUCGGGCCCCGCAGCCGCCGUAUCACCACCGCCGCCAGGGCCACUCGGCGCAAGAGCAGCCCUGCCAGGUGCAUCAGCGCAAGGCGGAAUAGGAGAAGAGGCGGCUGGAGAAGCAGGUACUUUGUCGUCAACCGCGAGCGUAGACUUCCCGCCUGGAGUAAUCACGGCGACCGUCAAUAACCAACAAAGCUGUGCGCCGCCCGCGGCGGCGGCGGCGGCUGGCGCUGGCGGCAGUCAAGGUCGGAAUCGGGACGGAAGCGGUCCCACGGGAUCGGAGUCCGUGCAGGUGUCGUACACUCGCAGCGCCCCGACGUCACCGCUGCCUGGCGCAGCCAGGCCGCUGCUGCUUCCCAGGAGUGCGACGACGGCGGCGGCGAUGUGCCUUGGCGGCGACGUAGAGGACUCCGUCGUUGUUCAGUACGGUCGCCGCCGGGGAAGCAUGGGCAGCGGGCUGAGCAACCUGGAGACCGCGCCCCGUCAGUGGGACAGCAUCAGGACACGGCCAUGCACACGGGCCCUCGCGGGUACCACCGACCCCGCUGCCGCCGGGCUGGAGGCACCCGGGAUGGAGCUUCAAGGUCGCGAGCAACCCUACUCGCAACGUGAGACUGUGGACCGGCAGGAAGGCGGCAUCCGCGGCUGUGCAAGCCCGCGGCUGCCACUCCUGCCGCGCACCACCUGUCUUUUGCUCUCCGUGGAGCCAUUUGAAGUGAAUUACGUGCAGGACGGGUGCGUGGGGUCUAACGACGGGGACGACGGGAGCACAGCCGCAGCGGCGGCGCUUGUCGUUCGUGUUGACAGCAUGAUGGAUCUCUGCGCAUCCUACAGCAGCGGCGGAGGCGGAGGCGGAGGAGGCGGCAGCACUAGGCCCGCCAUUGAGUCGACCGUAUCGCUGCAGCUCCGUGACUUAGAGGUUCACGUCGUACCGGCGACGGCGGCGGCGGCCGCUGGUGCGGGCGGUCGCGGCAACAACGACGCCGACAGGACGGGGGGCCUCAUUUGGUCCCUACCGCGCACUUUAUGGAUGGCCUCCCUUACCGCCAGUGCCGUGAAGACCUCUGGCGGAGCGCUGAGUGCAUGCGGCGCCAUUCGCGGAGUGCGGCUCCUAGGAUCUGCCGACCAGCCCGGCGACUUCUUGCUUUCCAACGGACCGGGCCCGGAUGACGCAACGGUUGCCGUCCGAUACUGGACGGCGGGCGCGGAGCCGCCGGCGGAGCCUGCUGACGCGGCUGCAGCAGCGGCGGCGCGAGUAGCUGCGGGCUGGUGGCAGCCGGCUGAGCACGUGUCAGUGGCUAAGGGGCUUGGGAAUUCACCACGUGGGCGCGUAAAAAGCUGGAAUGCGCAUGAGUCUGGCGUUGGAACUACCGAUGGUGAUGAUGGUGGUGGUGGUGGUGGUGGUGGUGAUGAUGGUGGUGGUGGUGGUGGUGGUGGUCGUGGUGAUGGUGAUGGUGAUGGUGAUGGUGAUGGUGAUGGUGAUGGUGAUGGUGAUGGUGAUGGUGAUGAUAGUGGUGGACGAGAUGGCGGUGCGGAUGUGCAGCGACAGACUGGAGGUUCAGAGCCGCCGGGUUUAGGCGGCGAGGUCAGAACGAUGGAGUUGGGAGGGAGAGGGGAUGACGGCGCUAUCGGCGGAGUGGAGGUGGUGGUAUCAGACGCGGCAGUAGGAAUGGGCCUGCUGAUGUCUCUGGCGUCGGCGUCAGGCCCGUCUGGAUCUGCCGCCGCCGCGGCGGCGGACGGCGUCAGCGAAGGGCACGCGAUCGGCGAAGCUGUGGCCGGCGGCGGUUGUGUCGCGGCGGUUGCGGAGGCUGAAGCCCCGUCAGCCGCAUCGCCGCCUCUCGCAAUGGCGGUGCAUAUCCGCAACUCUGCUGUGCUAGCCGUCUCGCCCUGCCGGACGCCCUUUGCCGCUGCCUCCGGCGGCGCGGGCGCGGGGAACCUCGCCUGCAACGCCCUCCUUAGCGUCGACAAAGUCAGCUACAGCCUGCAGCCGCUGCACGUCUCCCUCCCAGCGCCGCAAAAGCCCUCCUUAUCCAGCUGUAGCAGUGCCCAGUCUUCCGGUGGUGCUGCUGAGGCAGCGGCGGAGCAGAUCAGGGAGUCUGACAAUGCCGGCCGGCCGGCGGCAUCUAUCGCAGCCACUCACCGGGUGGCCGUGACGAGGCUGCUGGUGUACCUUGCCGAUAACCCCGACUCCGCCUACCUGUCGCCGGUGCUGCUACUGCCGGAGCUCUGCGCCUGCUACGGCCCCACGACUGCAGCCGGCGCCGACGGUGCUGCAUCCCUGGCCUCGAUGGCGAACUCAGCAGCCGGGCGCACGCGGGGUGAUUACUACGCUAUGGGGGGCAUCGCGGACCAUGGGGAGGUGGCGCGCGUGGUGGGGCUGGGCGUCAGCGGGGUUGCAGCGGCGGGGGUAGAUGGGCGGCCGCGGGUGACGGAGGCAGGCGUGGCUGCAUGGUUAUCCGUGGACUUGGGACGAGUUGAAGCGAAUUUUCAGCCACAGCAAUCGGGAGUUCUCUGCGCACUGAUGGGGGAGCUGGCGCCCAAAGAGGCGCAGCAAGGUCAGGAGCACGGUUUCAGUGAAGUGCCGACGGGUCAGUCGUCUCGAUCGCAGCAGCAGCAGCCGCGUGCGGCGGCGUCGCCAGAGCUUGGUACGGCGGCCGUCAGGCGAGAGUCACGACGAUCAGGAGCAGCGCCGUCGCCGCAGCGGCGGCCAGUGCAUGAGCCGGCAGCGUCGGUGGCGGCAGCGGUGGCGGCGGUGGAGCCGAGCAGGGUCCUUGCGGCGAGCCUGCCGUACAUGCUGGUUUCGGUCAAGCUUGGCUUCCUGACGGCGCUGCUGGGGAGUGAUACCUUGAGCGAGGAGGCCACGGUGCUGUAUUGGCGGGAUGUACGACUGUCGUACGAUCGUACGGAUGUUGACGUGGAGAGCAGCCUGGCAUGGCGCGAACUCACACUGAGCAGCGUGGGAUCGCGGUUACACCCAGCGCCUAGGAUGGUUAUGCAGGGAGUGGUCCGCGGCGGCGGCGGCGGCGACGACGAUGCCGCAGCGGUCGCGAGCUCCAAAAUUCAUGCCGGUUCACUUGCCAUUAUGCUGGAGCUGUCGUCAUAUGCGGAAUCAACGCUGCGCCGCACAGCGGCAGCGGCGGCAACAGCAGCAGCGGCGGCGGGGCCGGCGGCCUUCGACGCCGCAAAGGCCGACGCCCAGUUUUUCAGGUCUGCGGCGCCGCCGCUGGUCUCGCCCGCAUGGCCGCUGCCGUCCCGUGGCAGCGGGUUCGCCCCGGCGGCCGCCGUACCGCCGCGCUCUCUAACGGUGCCCCGGUCUCCUGCUGCCGCUGCCGCUGCUGCUGCACUGGUGCCGGGUUCAGCACUCGGUUCGUUUCCCCGCGGCGGCGGCGGCGGCCUGCAACAGCACACGGACAGCGGCGGUGGUGGCGGCGCAGACGCGGAUGCCGAGUUCUACUCGAUCGAGGGUGGCAGCAGCGUGCUUGACGAUUUGGAGGUGGAGGCGGAGGUGGAGAUGGAGGUGGAAGCGGAUACAGAGGAGGAGCUCCACCUUGACGGUUUGGAUGGCGACGUGCAUCAGCGCGAGGAGGAGCUGUGGCCCUGUCCCUGUGGGACUGGGACGGGUUCCGCUGCGGCAUCGGAUCCCGGCAGCGGCCGCCGCGGCACCGCCCUCCGCGCGCACCUCUCGUCAUGCAAGAGCAUCGUCCAGCUAAGCACUUUGCCAUCGGCGCAUGUUCCCUCAGAUCCCGUGGCUUGGUGCGAACCAGCGCAGCCGCAGCCGCAGCCGCCUGUUGGCGAGGACGGUGCCGGCCGUGCCGCCGAUGCUUGUUUCGGCGGCGGCGGCGCAGGGGCCUCGGCCGCCGCCGCCGCUGACACCACUAUCGCCUCGCCGUCUGGACCGGCUGUCGUUCUGUUGUCCGCCGGCGCGACGUGCCGUACAAACCCAGGGCCCCUAGCUUCUGCCUCCGCUGCCGCCGUCCCCGCUGCAACUGCAACUGUCGACGAUCCCGCAGGCGCGGCAUGGAGCCACGUGCCCGAUGCGGCCGCCUCACCGAUUUCCACGGUGCUCGUACGAAUUCAGCUGUCGAACUUCGUCCGUCACCGCGCUGCUCUGCAGCCCCCUGCAGUCCUGGCUGAAGGCCUCGGAAGCCCCAGGCGCCGCGGCAGUCCACAACACCAUGGUACACCUCCCGGAGGUGCUGUGGAGGCCGGGGUUGGACCGGAUGGCCGGCAGGACGCAUUCCCUAGCCCCGCCACUACUGGAUAUGGUGACGGCAACGCCGACGCCGACGACGACAAUGACGACAACGCGGCGUCGUACGGCGCCAAUCGAGGCCACGCUGGCGGCGGCGACGCACCUGCCGCGGGAUCAGGCCGGCUUCACUUUGACCUUGACGUCAGCGGGGUACAUGCGCUCGUGUCUUUAACUCAGUGGCAUCGGCUGCAAGACAGCCUGGCGGCAUGCGGGCAGCACUGGAGCACUUCCGCCGCGAACCAGCUGCGCGCACGGGCACGACAGCAGCAGCUGGUUGCACUGGAGCAGGGGCGGCGGGGGUCCGGACGGCUGGGAAGGCCUGGGUCCUCUGUUGGAGUCCGCUCAGCAGCUCCAGCGCGUGAUCUGCCGGGCUCCCGCCCAGUCAAUGCCACGAGUCAGGAACUCACGAGCGCUGCAGGCGGCGGCGCACGUUCUGUAGCCGGCCACGCAGCCGCGGCAGCAGCAGCCGCGGCAACAACUACAGCUGCGGCGGCGGCGGUGUCAUCCCGCGGCCUGGCGGCGGUUGUGACACGGGUUCCGGUAUUGGGCGCCAGCGGCGGCAGCCGAGAGGCCGCCGCCGAGUGCGACGGCAGCGGCGGUGGGGGCGGCGGAGCUGCCGCCAGUGCUGAUGGGGAUGGCAUGCUACGGCUUUUGCUCGACCUGCCGGUGACUGCCAGUGUGUCGGUGCAGGAUAUGUCAAUGGUAGCGUACUCGGCCCGGGAGUUGGCGUUUGGAGGCCGAGCAGGUAGGGUGGCUUGCCGGGGCCCCGAUGGGCAGGAUUCUGACGGCCCGCAGUCACGGGCCCCUCAGCUCUAUCCCGCAACGGCGACGGCAGCGAUGCAGCAGCAGCGUUGCGUGCGGCUGGAGCUGAUGAUGGGCGCGAGCUUGGAAGCAGCCGCUGGCGGUUGCAUGGACCGAUUGACGCUGGUCUUGCCGGAGGUUUCGGUGUCAACGGGGGCGCUGGUGCUGGAGCAUGACCCACGGGUCGGUACCUGGCACGAGGUCGUCGGGGCCUGGCGCCUGGCGCUGCUGGAGGGCUUGUCGUGCGCCGCGGUGCCGCACCUGCGCCGCGCUUCUUCGGGAAGCGCACCGGGGGCCGUUGACGAAGUACAGGGCGCGGGUUCGCUGCACAUUCAGACGGCUGUUGGCAAGGCUGGCGGAAAAGCGCUGGCCGCAACGAUCUCCGCAGUAAGUGCCGCGGCGACGGCGACGGCGACGGCGGUUCCCUCUAAUAAGCUCUGGGUCGGUGACAGCACCGAUGGCGACCCGCAUGCGGUGGCGGGUGGCCCCUUAAUGAACCCAGGCGGCGUAUCUCAGCCCGUGAAGCAUCUGUCUGUUGGGGCAGCGCCGCCAGCAGUACCGCCCAGGUUGUCGGCAGCGGCGGCGGCAGCGGCAGCACCAGGCAUGUCCUCAGCUUUAGGUGAGGGCCUCUCGACGGCUGGUGCAGGAUACGACAGUGGGUCGGAUGCCGCCGCCGCCGGCAGCGCGCGCCAGCAGCGGCAAACCACUGACGGCGACGUGCUAGAUGGCAACGGCGGUGCCGCCACCGGCGUCGACGACAUCGUGGUCCAUGCACUCCUAGAAGCAUCGCUGCAGCACGCCUCCCUGUAUGCCGCACGGCACGCAGUACUGUUGUUGUUGGGCCUUGUGUACGACACUCUGGACAGCUGGGAGCAUGCCGCCGCGGUGACGAAUCGUCGACACGUGCUUGAGGGUUCCGACUCCGAGGCCAACGGCAACGGCGACGGCGACGGGGACGUGUUUGCGCCUGGCAUAUUGGACGAGCAGACGCUGCGCCUGGUGGGCUCCCCUCCGGACAUUGCUGCAACUGCCGCCGCCGCCGCCGCCGCCGCCAGGCUUGGAGUCCCGCCCUGGUCCCCUGCUGGCGCUCACCGGGCUUCCGGCGCAGCCAGCGCAGCCGCCGGCGACCUCGGCGCAGCGACCGCCAGUGGUACGGCGCCACAUGAGCUCGAGUACGGCAUGUGGCCGCAUGACGCCGACGAAGAAGAUCGCGACGGCGCCGAGGGUUGGUCCGGCGGACCGGACCUUCUUUACCACUACCAUUACGAUGUCCCACACCACUACUCAAGGCGCCAUACGAGCAAGCAGCGGGCUGGAAGGGCUGUGGCAGGGAGGUCAGAGUCUAAGGGCAGCGGAGAUGCGACCGGGGCAGGCGGCGCAGGCGGCGCAGCUCUGGGCGAUUGGCUGGGGGUGCCCCUGUGGCCCGCGUGGCUGCCCCUUUGCUGCCUGACACUGCGGGUGGGCAAGGCGGCUGCAGUGGUCUACACGGACACGCAGGGUUAUGACGUGCCCUUGUUCGAGGCGGCCGUAGCUCCUCUUGAGAUCCAGCUGAAGCUCAGUACGCUGGGCGACGCAGCCGCCGCUGCCGCUGGUGGUCAUGCCGCUAGCGACGGAGACGCGGACGUCAACGCGGACACUGCGGCGGCGGCGGCGGCGGUGGCCCCUGACAAUGGCAGCCUGCCAACACCGUUCAUGCGGUCGUUCAUCCCAAAGAAAGCUGAGAACGACAAUGCCAACGUGCGCUUCGCCACCACAACACAGCCUGCGUAUGUACGACACCGAGCCGCGGCGGGCGCAGCCGCGGCGUCGGGGACAACAGGCGGCGGUGGCGGCGGCGGCGGCAGUGGCGGCCCCACAUUCGGCCUGCUGCACCGGCGGAACAGCAACCGCCGCCACCACGGCCGCGGCGGCCUGAGCUUGCCUGACGGCAGCGCUGGCGGCAGCACCGUCGCCACCGCCCGGCCGCCGCCACCGUUGUGGGUUUCCUCACUACAUGUGGUACUGGAUGCACGUUUGCAGCUGGAUGUCUACAACCUGGAUAAGCUGGGAUGGGAGCCUGUAUUGGAGCCGUGGAGCUUGCAGGUGUUGUACAUGGCCCGACAACCUGCCGCCGCGGCGCCUCGGUAUCCCCCACGACCUGCCGCCGGGGCACCACCGUCAUCUGCAGCGCUGUCGUCGCCGGCUCCGCCACCGCCGCGACACUCCAUCAGCAUCACCACCGACACCCUGCUCGAGGCAACUCUCUCCCCGGGACUGAUCCCCGCAGCGCUGGCUGCGUUGCACCUGGCGGAAGAGCUCCAAGGUGCCAUGACCGACCCCAGCACCGUAUCCACCGCCGGCGCCGUCCCAACAGCCGCUACCCACCCCGGCUGGAGGUCGGCAUCGCCGGCCGCAUCCCCUAAAAAUGUCGUUCCGGAAGUCGGACAGGAGCCACCACUGGGCCGCCAUGGGGUUGCAGAGCCGCCGUUGACGAUCGCCGGCCGGGUUGGCGACGGUGGGCCGCACGUGCCAAGUGACCCAUGGGUCCGUGACCCAGCUGCCACGGCCUUGCGUCACCUAGGGCAGCUGCCCAGGCCCGAUGCGCUGCCGCGCCUGUGGCUCCAGAACCAUCUGGGCCAGCCCGUCAGCUUCGUGACGCUGGAGCAGCGGCGGCCGCGCGCGUCGUUCCUGGCGGCUGUGGGGGCGCUGGGCGCUGUGGAUGGUGUGGUGACCCAUGGGUCUCUGGUAGUGGUGGACUCGUUGCGGCAUGCGGGCCGCCGCUUUGCGGGUCGUCACGUGGCGGGCCUUCCCCACCACCUCCACCACCACCACGAUCACCAGGGCUUCCAUCACCACCAUCACCACCACCAUCCUAGCAGCAGCAGCGCCAAGAUUAACGGCAAGUUUCAGCAGUGCAGUCCGCAAGAUGGUAAAAUGGAAAUGCUAGCGGCAGACGGCAGCGGCCAUGCCGAAGACACGGAUUACAACAUGGCGCUCUCAUCAUCACACCUGCGCACCACCAGGUGCUCGGAGGGCGCUCCCGCCGCUUCCGUGAGCUUCAGCGGUGAGCUGAGCAGACUGGCAAGGGCUGGCGACGGCGACGGCGACGGCGGAGGCGGAGGCGGCAACGACACCAGCGGAGGCGGAGGCGGAGGUAGGAUACUGUACUUUCGAUUGUACGGCGGCAGUACAUGGCUGGGUCCCAUCUCGUGCAACGCGUCGCCGUCGUCCCGGUACUACUUCUCACUCCCACCCGCUGCCGCCAGGCUGGCGGGGACGGUGGCGUCGCCGCCGCCAGGGCUAAGGCUAGUGUGUGACAUCCGGCCGCACCACCUGUGCAGUAGACGGCUGGAGUUGCGCUCCAACGUGCGACUGCGCAACGAGAGCGGUCUGUGGCUGUCUGUAUCUGACUGGGCUGUGGUGGCGGAGGCCUCUGCCGGCGGCAGCGGCGGCGGCGGCGGCGGCGGCCAGGUGCUUCAGCACACGUUGCCUCCGGGUGGCAGCACCUGGCUAUCAACUGGCCUAUUGCAGCAGAGCCCCGCGGUGCUUGCCGUACGCACCGCACCGCCGCCAGCGUUUGCCAGCGGCAACAUCCCCGUCGUCGAGGAGGGUCUCGUCGUCUCAACAGCGGGAGGCGUCGCUUUUGGCGAUGAACCCGCAACGCGGUUCCGGAGCUGCGGCGGCGGCCCCGCCGCCGCCGAAACCGCGGAGCGGCACGCGCCAUUGAAACGGCUUGGUGCCACCUUCCGCGGCGCCAAGGUCCAGAACGCCUCCCCCUGGAGUGACUGGAGUAACCCGAUUGACCUGACUUCCAUGCUGUUCGACGCGGUGGCGCAAGGCCUGGACGGUGCCGCCGCCAGCGGCGCCGCUGCCGCGGGCCGCGUGGGAGUCGCGCGGCGGUUGUACUGCACGCUGCCGACAACGAAGACAUACAGAUUGCCGACGAGCGAUGCGGCCUCCGCCAUGCCAAUGCUUGAAAAGGUUCAUAAAUCCUCCGUCCCGGCCUCCGCCGCCGCCAUCUCCGUAGAGGAGGGGCGGAUGUGCCACUUGAUCGUCCACCUAGCGCCUGCGGCAUCAGGUGCCGGCCGCGGCCGCGGCGGCGGCGGCGAUGGCGGCGCUGCUUCACGACGGCUUGAAUGGGAGCUCGUGCUGAGAGCCCCGGUGGUGUUGCGGAACGACCUGCCGGUGCCAGCACGCUUCGCGUUGCAUGCCUACAGCGGCCUCGGCGGCGGCGCCGUUGCCGCCGCCGCGCCUACCGCCUGCGCCCUGCCUGCACCCGAGCUGCGUGAGUCCCUCCACGCGCUGUCGUCGCUGCAUCUGCAUACCUUCCCUGCUCACAGGCUGGUCAGCGUUGCCUGCCGGCCGGCGGGAUAUGCGUGGAGCAGCGCCCAGCCGGUGUACGGCAGGCCCGGUGAGAAUGAGCACGACCACGACCACGACGGCGGCGACGGCGGCGGCGGCUUUGAGCCGUUGCAUAUCGGCCUCGAGCCAUUGCCUGGGGCCGGCGACGGCGGCAGCGCCGGGGGGUUAAUGCCGUACUGCGAGCGGGCACUAAUGGUAAGGCCGACGCAGGCGGGCCUGCAGGAUCUGCUGCUGGUUCUCCGCACGUGGCGACACCGACCCACGGGUCAGGUUCAGCUGGAGCUGAGCUGUCCCGUCUGGGUUUACAACUGCACUGGCCUGCCUGUGCAGCUGCGGCCCACGGCGCGGCUGGUGAUACCGCCAGGCCAGCAUGCCCAGGUCGUCAGAGGCAGCGUCGCAGAGCCCAACGCGCCACCGGGCACCGGGUGCGCCGCGCCGGGUGCCCCGUCGCCGGGUUUGGCGCCGGAGUGCUCCGACACCGGCGAGACGGCCUGGGUACCCGCCUGCGUAUCCCUCUGCGGUGCGCCGACCCUGGCAGCGGCGGCUGGGCCCUGUACGUCCCAGCUUGCGGCGCUGCAGGCGGCAGCGGGACUGUUUAUUGCUGCUGCGGCGGGCGCCGGCCGUGGAAUGCAGCCGUACGGCGUUCAUGGCGACAUCGCGGCCAUUGCAAGGGAUGCCAUGGGCGGCUCCGCCGCUGCCGCCGCCGCUGUUGCCUUCACCGCGCGCUCCAGCAGCAGCGCACGUUCGAACUGCUCCAUUGGUGGCCACACCGCGGCCUCCUCGGCACGUAGCGCCGGCGCUGGGGUCCCCGGCUGCGUCGUCCGUGGCGGCGGUAGCGGGUUUGGAAGCACCGGGCUGCUCGCCGCACUGGCGGAUGGAGAAGACCAAGGUGGCGACGACGCUGGCGAUAGCGGUGACGUGAUUUUGGACGGUGGCGGCGCACACCCAUACGGCGCACAUCUAGCAGGUCUGCUGGCGCAGCCAUCUCCACGGCACAGUUACUACGGAGGCAGCGGCGGCGCGACGGGUACGACAGCACCCCCUGGUUACGGUGUCCACGUUGCGGACUUCGCCGCCGCCGGUCGGGCUUCACCUUCGGCGGCUUAUCCCCAUCACCAUCCCCAUCCCCGCCAGCCGCCAGCCGCUAUGGUUAGGCAUCCCAGCUUGGACCGCCUGAACCCUGCCCGUACGGCCGUCAGGUACGACAGGACGCGCUCUGCGGCGGCGCCCUCCUCCGCGCCGUUUGCAAGGAUUGAGUACAGCAACCAGCACAGCAUGUCAUUACAUUGCAGCAGCAGUCGAGCCAGCCGGUCGCAACGCAACACGCAGUCGUCAUACAGAGCCGCUAGCGGCGGCGGCGCCGCCGCCGCCGCCGUCGCCGCUGCACAUCUACAGCUGUCGCUGAACCGGCCGUUAUCACGAAGUCUAUCGUCAACCUGCGCGGGGCACUCGGAUUCGCCGUCCACCUCUGCCGCCGGUGCUAGCGGUGGAGGCGGCUUUGGCACCGUAGACGCCGCCUAUCGGCCGCAGGGGCUACAGCCGUGCAUGUACGGCAGCAUGCCCGUCGGCAUCGGCCAAGUUGAGCUCCGCGUUUGGCCCGGCGGCAGCAGCAGCAACGACUGGUCGCCUCCAAUCUGGCCGGCAAUCGAUGGCUCGCCAGUGCACAUCACGCUGCCAUGCCCACUGCCGGACAGCGACGGCGGCAUUUCCCCCGCUGGCGCGGCGGCAGCAGCAGCAGCAACGGCGGCGGCGGCGGCGGUGGGGGCCGGUGGGAAGGGCACCAGCGGCGGCGGCGGCAGUGGCCCCGGCAAACCCGCCUUCCACGUCGUCGCGCGGUUGAUGCACGCGACGGCGGGGACUGGGGCCGGCGGCAGCGGCGGCGGCAGCGGCGGCGGCGUGCGGUCCGUGGCGUUGCACCUCCGUCCCCGUUACGUAGUACACAAUGGCCUCUCUGCCGCAGUGCAAGUACGGCAGCAAGGCACCUCCCACGCCUCCUCCUUGGGCCCCGGCGAGCGCCGGCCGGUGCACUGGGCGCACAUCGGCCUGCCCCUCAAGCUUCAGAUCCGGAUUCAGAAUCCCGGAUGGACCUGGUCGGGUGGGGUGGCGCUGGAUGCCGUGACGCCGGGCGACUUUCUCCUCAAGCUUGGAAAGAUUCGGCACCGCAACCGGGCGGAGACGCAGCUGGUGCGGCUGGAUGUGAGCCUGAGCGCCGCGGGCACCACGUUGCUUAGCCUGAGCCACCACCACGAUGAUUUCGCGCCGUACAGGAUCGACAACUGCUCGGGUGAGGUGCUGCACGUACAGCAAGUGGGCUGCCUGGACCAGGAGGAUGUCAUCCGACCGUACGCCUGCCUGCCGUACACGUGGGACGAGCACACGGCGCCGCAGCGUGUUUUGGUAUCCUUGCCCGGCCGGCGCCGCCUCGGGGAGUACGAGCUUGAGAAGGUGGGCACGUCCCGGGUCGUGUCAGUGGUGGCUUCACAGACCGCCGUCGCUGGGGAGGAGUGGGAGGUGGAAGUUACAGCGGUGGUAGCGGGCAUUGCGGUUAGCGUGGUUUCGGAGCAAGCUGAGGUGCUGUACGCGCUAGCGCAGGGGCUGCACGGCACGUUGCUGGUGGGCCCGGCCAAAAUCUCGGCCUCGGCGGCUCUGCUACAUGCCCGGUGGGACAACUGCAUGCGGGACGCUGCAUUCCCCAUCGUGGUCUACAGUCCCGUGGGUCGGUCCAUGUUCAACACGGCGGUGUUGCUGCCCGUACCGCCGCCGCCGUCGGCGACUGCGCCGGGAUCUGCCGCAGCUGGUGGCGGCGGCGGCGGCGGCGGCGGCAGUGUGGCCGCCUGGCGGCUAGGAUCCCAGUUUCGGCAAAGUGCGUACGCUAGCCUGACCGCGGCGCCGUUGACGGUCAGUCUCGAGGAAACCCACCUUCGUGAAAUUCUUCGGCUGACGUCGAAAUUCUCUGCCGCCGCCGCAUCGGCGGCUGCGGCGCGUGCUGACGGUGGCGGCGACCAGUGCACGCGGCUCACGGCACCAGCAGCGCCACCGUGGCACGGAGAGCCACAUGUGCCGUACGUGCCUGAUCCGUCACUGCAUCGUCCCACAUCUCCGUCCUUUCACGGCGGCGCUUAUCACGGCGCCGUCAGCACUAGUGCAUCAUCUUACGCUGCCUAUGAGGUUUUGCUUAACGGCUUCCCUUACCAAGGAGCCAGCGGCGGCGGUAGCGGCGGCGGCUUCGCUGUCAGCGCCCAGCGGAGGGUGCACUCCCCCACCGGCGCCGUCGGGGGCCUUUCUCAUCCUGUUGUUGGUGCAGCACCCAGGUCGCCAGGCUCACAGCGCGGCGGCGGCGACGGCGGCGACGGCGGCGGCGGCAACAGCUUCAGCGGUCAUCCGGUAUCCUGCCCUCCUGGCGGUGCGAGAGAACAUCUCUUCGCUGCACCGUCGCGGCCGGGAGGUGGCGGCGGCGGUUGGGCGGGGGCUCGCGCCUCCGCCGCAGGGUUUCACGUCCUGCAGGAUGCACACGACAUGCUCGUACCGGCCCCGCGCAGCCAUCGCAUUUACAUUGAACAGCUGCACAUCGGCGAAAUCCGGAUUUCGGCCUCCUUCUCGCCAGGGCCGUACGGUGGAGGCAGCGCCGCCGCCGCUGCAGCCGCCGCCGUGUUGACGGCCGACGGGGGCGGCGGGUUCCUCGCGGAUGAUGACGUGGAUGCCACCGCCGCCGGCGGCUCUGGAGCUGUUGGCCCGGCGGACAUUGGUUCCGGCGACGGCGAGGACGGCGGCGGCGGCGGCGGCGGCCUUGUGGAUGCUGCCGUACGUUUGGCGGUGUCGCUGGCACACCUUGAGAAUGCCUGGGUGUUGCUACGGCCGCUGGAUAUGCGGUAUGCUUUGAUGCGUAGGGAGGCUCUGGUACAGAACGUGGUUCGCCACUACAUGAGUUGCGCCCUGUUGGAGCUGAUCAAGGUGGUUGGCUCCCUGGACAUAUUCGGGGAUGUGGUCCGGCUGCUGCAGGGCCUGGGGCUGGGGGUGUGGCACCUCAUCAGCAUGCCGGUGGCGGGGGCGCUGCGGGGGGACGUACGGAAGUUCGCUGCGGGGCUGGUUAGCGGCUUGGGAAGCAUGGCCCCGCGACCGGAGAGUGUUCCCGUCACCUUUAUUGCACAUCGCCACCCACCGGGGGCCACUGGGGGCGAAGUGGAGGUCCGCAGCGUUACCUACGCCGCCAGCAACAGCGUCGUCAAGGCCAGUCGCAGGGCUCGUACAACGUUGGCGAACCUAGCUCCGGAGCCCUUGCCGUACCCGGCGAUGGCGGCGGCGGCAGGUGGUGGUAGCAGCGGCAGCGGCAGCGUUGGCUUGCGCGCCGCCAGCGGUGGUCUCGGCGGCGGCGUCGGCGCCGCAUCGCGCAGCGGCAGGGCUACCGCUACCGGGCGAACCGGCGCCGGUAGCAGUGGCGGCGGCAGCGGACAUGUAAUGCCGUACGGCCGCCGCGUCAGCGGCAGCGGCGCGCGGGUGCACGGCUCGACGCCGGGACAGCGCGACCUCUUGUUCUCUACAUGGGAGGGUUAUGCGGCCAUCCUUCAGCGGGUGGCCGCGGAGGCCUCCCGACUGAGCCCCACCGGCACAGCCCGGGAGCUGAUCCUGGGGGGCCUGGGGGCGGUGGCUCUGCCAUCCAUGGCCGUGCUGCAGCUGGUGGAGGUGGCGGCAGCCUCCCUGCGAGCGGCCGUGUCGCCCCACCACGGCUCCGGCUGGGGGUGGGGGUGGGGGCCCGGGGGCCCCCUGGGCGCAGGUCGCGGCGGUGUGCGCUACUGCUGGCUGGAGUCCCUGUGCCGGCUGCUGCUGCGGGAGGUCCGGGGGGGCGUCUUUGCGGAGGAGGUGUACGUGGGGGGAGUGCAGAUCUCCGACUCCAGCUUCGCAGUGGUCACCCUGCAGCACCUGCUGGUGGUGUCCCCCAGGCAGCCAGGCCCCCCGCCAGCGCCCGAGUGGCGCCUAGCCACCCACCCCGCCGACCUGGCCCUCACUCUGGCGCUACCCCUGGAGGGGCUGCAGCACCAGCACCAGCAGUUGCAGUCGACGGCUGAAGUCGCAGCGCAACCCACUGCCGCAGCUACGCGCAAGGUAUCGCAGUCUGCUGGCGGCGGCGGCGGCGGCGGCAACGAUGGCGGGGUUGGCGGCGGCGGCGGCAGUGGAUGGGCUGGGUCGCUGUUCAGGUCGUCUUCCGAGAGCGGGUCGGCUUCACUGCUGUCACUUCGGUAUCGGCAGACGGCACCGGCAGCUACAGCAGUCGCGGCGGCGGCGGCGGGUCCCGUACAUUCCCGCGAGCAUGAGGGAGCCAGCGGCGCCGCCGGGGGCUCCGCUACGUCACUGGGGCCCGCGGGGCCUGGGGGCGGCGGGGGGUUGUCCUCUGGGUCAGGCAGCGGGGUUGCGCUGUCCCCGCCGGAGCCGGUGCGAGGCGGGGUUCAAGCCAUUAGGGGCCAGCGGUAUGUUGGCGGGGUGGGUGGGAUGUCGGCGUCAUUGACGGGCGGCGUUGCGAAGGAGGACGAGGACGAGGAAGAUGAAGCGGCCGGGUGUGGGCUGCCGCCGCAGUCGCCGUGGCUGUGUGUCACCACCCUGGAGGUGACGGCGGAGGCCGACGCAGUGCGACUGGUGUCAUUGCUGGAGGAGGUCCUCUGCGGCGACCUUGGCUCAGAGGUAGGCUGUAGGCUGUAG